GCAAAUUCAAUAUUUCUUUAUAUUAGGGUUUCCAAAAUUCUGUAUAUUACAACUUCUUCUGAACACACAUUCGAAUUCGAAGAUGGGGGAGUACUGGCCAGAAAUCUAUCCUCAGAGAAAGGCGUUUUGUCGCCAUGGUAGUCGUGGACCCGGUAAUAAAUUGUUGUUUCCUUGUAUUUGUAUUAUUUGUAUUUGUAUUCUGAUUCUGAUCAUAAUAAUAAUAAUCAAGCAUAAGGACGAUUUGAAUAAUUGAACAGAUCCGGUGAACAAUAAGAUACUGUCUGCUUUUCGAAACGUAAAAUCAUUUCCUUUAGAGAGGAUAAUCAUGCAGUUUUGGCGACUAGUGAAAACCUCUAGCGGCACUAGACUUUUAUCUACUUUUAACCCUUAUGCCUAUUCGUGUUCAAACCAUCGUCUCCGGAAAUAUAGGUCGUCUUGUUGUCAGUAUUCCUAUGCUCUUAGUGACCGGGUUGUAGUAGAUGACGACGCUAUGAUCAUAUACGGUGCCAUCCACUGCAAUCCUGAACCAAUUUCCAGAGGUGGUUCUGGAUCUUAGGGCUCACCGGGGGACUCCAUUGGUGGAUCUUGCUUUGGAAUGUGAGCUAACUUGUUUUAUGAUGCUGCCUGCGUUUUCUUUUACUCACUGCGUUGGUGUCAUUGAAGUUUCUGUAAGAUAUCCUUGUCAUCUUCUACAAAUUUACCAAGAGUUGCAACGUGAACUACUGGUAGGUGCAUGUGUUACUUAAGUUACCUACAUGAUUCUUAGAGCACCUCUAGCGGGGCGCUAUAUGCCCCAAAAAGCCAAACAUAGCGCCCAAUGGCUACGACAAACAUGAUUCUUAGAGCACCUCUAGCGGGGCGCUUAAGUUACAAACAUGAUUCUUAGAGCACCUCUAGCGGGGAACUACACCGCAACGAGGGGCUUUAUCAGACAAAAAAAGAUGGCAGCGCCAUGACCUUCGCGGCGCUAUGGGGGUUGUUUUCAAAAAAUGGACCAAUAAAAAAUAGUUAGUGUUUUUUUAAUUAAUUAAUAAAAUUGAAAAUUAAUAUUUAGGUAAUGGUUGGUAGGGGCUUUAUGACUACGAGCUCUAGUGAUAUAACGCCCCAUAAAGCCCAUGUGUGACGUGGCACGACACGUGUUGCAUAACACCCACAAAGGGGCUUUAUGACUACGGAUGGCCUUACAAUUAUAUAUCUUUGAUAAAAUGUUUUAUAUUACUUGUGUUUUGUUUGUCUGCAGAGGGAGGGUUUGUAUAUCAUUCCUCCAUUACGACUUUUGAUGCCUUGCGAGGCUACUACCGGGGAUUUCCUACUUGCCGCGAGAGAAAUUGAAAAGGCAUUACAAGUGGCUGUUGAAUCACAUGCUAUAACUCUUGGUCAAGUUUGGGUCACUUAUGAGAAUUCUCAUCGUAAGAAGAGACGAGCGUUAUUAGGCAAACUUAAAUCUCAUUGUGUUGCUAGUCCCCAUGGCGAUGAUCACAUGUCUUUUCUUAAGCAUUUCUAUCAACAGCUUUUUGUUCUUCCUUUGGAAAAGGCGGAGCGCGGUCUAGUUGCGAGGACACUUGAAACUCGUCAGGUGCACACCUGUGUAGAAACAUCUUUAAGUUUAGUGAUAACAAGGGGGUCUUGGAGGUACUCUCUGCCGGUGCAAAAUGUACUUCUUUUGCUAUAUGCUUGAAGAGUUCUCACAUGGGAGAGUGUGACUACGUGUUUGAGUUUUUUUGGCCCCUAAGUCAUAACCCCUUGCCCUUGAUGGAGGCUUUGAUACUGACACUAAGGGAGUAUUUGCCAAGUUUCAGGUAUGCUGCUUCUGGGGCACAACUUGGUGAUGAAUUACUUGUUGUCGAUGUUGAGAAUUCUUCUUCUGGGAGUGGGAGAAACCCAGCCAAGAUUUUCAUAAAAACCGAAGUAUCCGAAACACCUAAAGCAUUAGAAAAAACAAGGCCAUUGGUGGGAAUGAAGAGAAAGUUCACUACAGAUCAAAGUGAGUUGAAUGAAGCAUAUCAAUAUCCCUUGACCAACGUCAACGAUCCAAAAGGUGAGGAUGACGAAGACGAUGAUCUAGUCAUUCUAGCAGUUUAUAAAGUUGAUCACAGUUUAUUCUUUCUCCCAAGCUCAACUACAUUUGAAAGUUUAAUGGAGAAAAUUAACCUGGAGUUUAAGUUGAAUCCAUCUGGUACCUACAAGAUCAAGUACCAAGUUCUUCCUAGAGAAUGGUAUAGUCUAACUGAUGGCACAUGCUUAAAGAGCUGCAUUUCAUCAUAUCGGACAUCAAAGAACAUUGAUCACAUUAAGUUAUUGGUGCUACCAGUGGAGAAGUAAUAGUUAAUUUUCAUAUUAUGGUAUGGUAUUAGUUGAAGAAAAAACUUAUUAUGUAUUUCAUGUUUUUAAGACGAUGUAUGUAUCCUGCAAUAUGCAGUUUUGCAAGUAGUUGAGUCCAUAACCCAUCAAACCAG